CACACCAACAUUGUCCACAUUUUGAAGCAAAGAAAGGAAAUAAAUCCAUUGUUUCUCAUAUACUACCCCUGAUUUCGACUAAAAGCACAUACGCACCAGCUAAUUGAGUCAAAUGCACACAAAUUUGAGCGGAAAUUUUAUAAAUUUCAGCUUGGAAAUGUCGAAAAUCACAGAGCAAAAUAAAACUUGACCGAGAAUUCACUUGCCGUCGAAAAAACUGCAAACUCACCAACAUAAACGUUCAACGUUGCUGCAUGGCGUGUGUUAGAGUGGGACAACUAUGUUGCGGAUGGGCCUACGCUGUGAAAUGCUGCCACGUCUCUUCUUCUCUGUAGUGCUGGGAAAACUAAAAAUAUCGAAAUGUGCAUAUAAAAUAUAUACGCACAAAAAUAUAUUGUUUAAUUACAUGCGUGUAGAACUAUUUAGCUUGGCGCCCCAUGUUUUACCCAAAAACUCCGUUCCUGGGCAACAGUUUGCUGGAAGCCGAAAUUCUUAAAGUCAAUUCGGCGGCUUUGUCCCAGCUAUUGGAAUGGCUCUGUCAGACUCCACGUGUCACCACCUACAGGGUAAACAGACUGCGCACUAAUGUGGACACACACAAGACGCAAUUGGAGGAGCAUCUCGAAAGGCGCUAUGGCCAGCACGCUCCGGGGAUCUAUGGCCUGGCGGAUCUGCCCGAAGUACUGUGCAUAGCUCCACUCGAGGCGGAACUGGUGCUGCGGGUGCCUGAUCCCGCGCUUAGAGAGAUCAUUGUGGACACCAGUUGCGGAGCUGCUCUGCUGCGGGGAGCUCACAUUUAUGCCCCCGGCGUUCUGGCCAUGGAGUCGAACACACAACUGCAGGAAUUCGUCAAUGUCUACGCAGACUUGGCCGGCAAAUGCAAGCGGGGUACAACCACGCGCUACGAGAGUUCGGAUAAGGUUUUCGUGGGUGUGGGCAAGGUUCUAAUGCAGCGCUACCAACUGUACAAUAACAAGGAUGCAGCUCCGACAGGCAUCGCCGUUGAAAUGCAGUCGAAUGUCAGUGGCGUGCCCUCGCUGGGCGACCUCAGCAGCGCAGAUGCCCUGCUGCAAAAUCUGCCCUCUAUUGUUUGCGUGCGUGUCUUGGACCCACAGCCUGGUGAGCGCAUCUUGGACAUGUGUGCUGCUCCCGGCAACAAAACGACUCACAUUGCCGAACUAAUGGGCGAUCAGGGGUGUGUCGUGGCGUUGGAUAACUCUGCGAGUCGUGUGCGCGGCAUGCUGGCGAAACUGGACAAGUAUCGGAGCAUACAGGCUCACAUCUUUGACUCCACAAAGGCGGUGGCAGCGUCGAGCGAUGAGUCUUGCACAGCAGCUCCACCCUUUCCAUGCGGCAGUUUUGAUCGCAUUCUUCUGGAUGCCCCAUGCAGCGGGCUGGGCAACCGGCCGCAGCUGUUGUGCAGCAUAAAGCAGGCCAAGGUCCUGCAGUCCUAUCCAAACAUUCAGCGUCGCCUUCUGGGGCAGGCUGUCCAACUCCUGCGACCUGGCGGCAUCCUGGUCUACAGCACUUGCACCGUUACCGAGGCCGAGUGCGAGGGCAUUGUAGCCUGGGCGCUGCGAAAGUAUCCCGAGCUACGUCUGAUGGAUGCCACACCUCGGUACGGUGGUCCCGGCUUGCCACUGUCGGAUCUGGAGGCAACGCAAUCGCAGCUGCUGCAGCGCUUUGGUCCCUGCAAAGAUUUGGACACUGUAGGUUUCUUUAUUGCCAAAUUUCAAAAAUAUUAAAUGAUUAUUCAAGUUA